CAACCUCCACCGACCUUCCUUUCAUUCCGGUAAUCCGUCUGCGUAGGGUGUGCUCCGGAGCUAGUCUCGGCACACAUUUUAUUAUUAUGAAACAAACUAAAAGCUAGAGAGCACACGCAGACAUAUUUUUAUAAGAAAAGAAAAAAAAAAUCGGUGAAGCAGGAUUCUAUUUGCCAACCCAAAAGCAAACGCGAAGAAGAAAUCGAACGAAAAGACGGAACGAAGAAGAAGACGACCGUUAGCACGCCGAGGAGAACGCGUGGUUGAUAAACGUUGGGCAGUUAUUCUUGAUUAAUAACAAUUUCUCACUUUUUAGGGCUUCGUUAUUCGACUGGUAACUGAACGCCUGAACAGUAAGCUCGUAUAUUUGGUGAAAUUUAGCUUACUGGCCGACUGUGAAGGCUGUAAAUCGUGGAGUCUGCGAGCCAUAUCGGGUAGGCCACGCUCCGACAUUUUUGCUAAUCUAGCUAGCCUGCCCACGUUGCUAACAGCUAAGCUAAGCAUCGCUUUACCUGAAGCUUUAGGAAAGGGAACCAACUAACUUAACUCGAGUUUGUGAAGCUUUUUAUAACCUUUAACAUUACACACAUUCUGAGUCCACGCGUCGGCAGACAUGAAUCCCAGUGCUCCCAGUUACCCGAUGGCGUCCCUGUAUGUGGGAGACCUGCACCCUGACGUUACCGAGGCCAUGCUGUACGAGAAAUUCAGCCCGGCUGGGCCCAUCCUGUCCAUCAGGGUGUGCAGAGACAUGAUCACACGUCGGUCCCUCGGCUAUGCCUAUGUCAACUUCCAGCAGCCUGCAGAUGCUGAGCGAGCUCUGGACACCAUGAACUUCGAUGUGAUCAAAGGCCGACCCCUCCGCAUCAUGUGGUCUCAACGUGACCCCUCCUUGAGGAAGAGUGGAGUCGGCAACAUCUUCAUCAAGAACCUGGACAAGUCCAUCGAUAACAAGGCCCUGUACGAUACCUUCUCCGCCUUUGGAAACAUCCUGUCCUGCAAGGUGGUUUGUGAUGAAAAUGGCUCAAAGGGUUACGGCUUUGUGCACUUUGAGACCCACGAGGCUGCCGAGCGGGCCAUUGAGAAAAUGAAUGGCAUGUUGCUCAAUGACAGAAAAGUAUUUGUUGGGCGCUUCAAGUCACGUAAAGAGAGGGAGGCUGAGCUUGGGGCACGAGCAAGAGAAUUUACCAAUGUUUAUAUCAAGAACUUUGGGGAGGACAUGGAUGAUGAGAAACUGCGGGAGAUGUUCAACAAAUACGGGCCAGCCCUCAGUAUCAGAGUCAUGACUGAUGACGGUGGCAAAUCUAAAGGAUUUGGCUUCGUCAGCUUUGAGAGACAUGAAGAUGCACAGAAGGCUGUGGACGAUAUGAAUGGUAAAGAACUGAAUGGCAGGCAAGUGUAUGUGGGCCGGGCACAGAAGAAGGGAGAGCGUCAGAAUGAGCUCAAGCGCAAAUUUGAGCAGAUGAAACAGGAUCGCAUGACCAGAUACCAGGGUGUUAACUUGUAUGUGAAAAACCUGGACGAUGGCCUUGAUGAUGAACGUCUGCGCAAAGAAUUCUCGCCAUUUGGAACCAUUACAAGUGCAAAGGUGAUGAUGGAAGGUGGCCGCAGCAAAGGCUUUGGCUUUGUGUGCUUCUCUUCCCCAGAGGAGGCCACUAAAGCUGUAACAGAGAUGAACGGGAGAAUUGUUGCUACAAAGCCUCUGUACGUGGCCCUGGCCCAGCGCAAGGAGGAACGCCAGGCCCAUCUCACCAACCAGUACAUGCAGAGGAUGGCCACUGUCCGUGCAGUGCCCAACCCUGUGCUCAACCCUUACCAGCCUGCCCCACCUUCAGGCUAUUUCAUGGCUGCUAUACCUCAGGCCCAAAACAGAGCUGCAUACUACUCCGCCAACCAACUGGCCCAGCUCCGCCCAAGCCCCCGUUGGGCCACUCAAGGAGUGCGUCCUCAGCACUUCCAAAACAUGCCCAAUGCCAUGCGCCCAUCAGCUCCAAGGCCCCAGGCCUUCAACACCAUCCGUCCCACUGCAACCGCCAACACCCAGGUCCCACGCAUGAUGGCUUCCCAGCGUAUGCCGACCCAGGCACUCAGCCAGCGCCCCACUGGUGCUUCAGCCAAUGCUGCCCCAGUUCGUGCCAUGCCCCAGUACAAGUAUGCUGCUGGUGUGCGCAACCCUCAGCAGCACAUGGCCUCCCAGCCACAGGUCACCAUGCAGCAGCCUGCUGUCCAUGUCCAAGGACAGGAGCCCCUGACUGCCUCCAUGCUGGCUGCUGCUCCUCCUCAAGAACAAAAGCAGAUGCUGGGUGAGCGUCUGUUCCCACUGAUCCAGAACAUGCACCCAAGCCUUGCAGGCAAGAUCACAGGUAUGCUGCUGGAGAUUGACAACUCAGAGCUUCUCCAUAUGUUGGAGUCCCCUGAGUCCCUGCGCUCAAAGGUGGAUGAGGCUGUUGCUGUGCUUCAGGCCCACCAGGCCAAGGAGGCUGCUCAGAAGUCCACAACCCCCGCUGGUGUUCCCAGUGUCUAAGGUUUUGAGCGUUUGAAACCUGCUUCACCGAUGGAAAAAAGAAAAAAAAUUAAACAUUGAAAAACCUAAAACUCUGAAAACAUCGCAAAAUGAUAAAUCAUUUCUUAAAAAAAGAAGAAAACAAUUGACUCUGCCGGGUCUAGGGAUGGUUUGACUGGACCUUGUUCAUAAAUAAAAAAAUUUGUUGAAAAAAAAAAAAGCAAAAUAGAAAAAAAUCGACAUUAUAAAUUUGAAUGCAUUCCUGUUUUAUGUCAUUUUACUGUGUCAGUGCUCAGAUUACCAGACAAUGUUCAGGAAGGUGAUCACUGAGCAUUUUGAAAGGUGAUUUGUAUUGUAAACUGCUGGCUGUAAUAAAUUGUCAUUCAAAA